AUGGAGGCGGUGCUGGGUGCCACACUGCCCGCCGCCCCGAACGGCAGUGCCCUGGCCCUCAACGUGUCCCACACGCCGGGCAGCCAUGCCGGGGAGCUGUCGGAGCACCAGCAGUACGUGAUCGGCCUGUUCCUGUCCUGUGUCUAUACCAUCUUCCUCUUCCCCAUCGGCUUCCUCGGGAACAUCCUCAUCCUGCUGGUGAACAUCCGCUUCCGCGAGAAGAUGACCAUCCCCGACCUCUACUUCAUCAACCUGGCGGCGGCCGACCUCAUCCUGGUGGCCGACUCCCUCAUUGAGGUCUUCAACCUGGACCAGCAGUACUAUGACGUGGCCGUGCUCUGCACCUUCAUGUCGCUCUUCCUGCAGGUCAACAUGUACAGCAGCGUCUUCUUCCUCACCUGGAUGAGCUUCGACCGCUACGUGGCCCUGGCCCGGGCCAUGCGCGGGGGCCUCCUGCGCACCAUGAGGCACGCCCGCCUGAGCUGCGGCCUCAUCUGGAUGGCGUCGGUGUCAGCCACACUGGUGCCCUUCGCGGCCGUGCACCUGCAGCGCCAGGGCGAGGCCUGCCUCUGCUUCGCCGACGCCAAGGAGGUGCAGUGGCUCGAGGUGACCCUGGGCUUCCUGGUGCCCUUCGCCAUCAUCGGCCUCUGCUACUCACUCAUUGUGCGCGUGCUGGUGCGGGCACACCGGCACCGCAGCCUGCGCCCGCGCCGCCAAAAGGCGCUGCGCAUGAUCCUGGCCGUGGUGCUGGUCUUCUUCACCUGCUGGCUGCCCGAGAACGUCUUCAUCAGCGUCCACCUCCUGCAGCGCGCCCCACCCGGCGCCGCCCCCUGCAAGCAGUCCUUCCGCCACGCCCACCCGCUCACCGGCCACAUCGUCAACCUGGCGGCCUUCUCCAACAGCUGCCUGAACCCGCUUGUCUACAGCUUCCUGGGUGAGACCUUCAGGGACAAGCUGCGGCUCUACCUGGAGCAGAAGCCAGGGGUGUCCGCCCUCAACCGCCUGUGCCACGCGGCCCUCAAGGCCAUGGUCCCCGACGGCACAGAGCGGCCCAGCAGGAGGCUCAGCGGCACCGGGCAGAGCGAACAGCCCCCCAUGGGGGAUGGGGUCUGGCUCACGGUGCGGCAAACCCCGCAGGGGCCCGGCGCCGAACAACCCGGAGCGGCACCCCAGCCUCGGAACCCCUGGUACAGCCUCCCACGGGAGCCACACACGCGACGGCCCGGGUGCCAUGACUUGAGCCCGCCCUGUGUGCCCAGCUCCCUCACUGACGCCGUCUGA